UCCCACAGGAAUCUUCAAACGGCUGUCGGUUGCUAUUUGGAUUUUUGCAAUGGUCAAACUCUGCCCUCCAUGAAACUGGUACAACAACAACCGAAUGGUCAACAAAUGGCAUGGCGUCUACAAAAUAUUGGUUCGGAAACCUGGCCCAAUGGCUGUUACUUAAUGUCCAAUAGUCAAGUUCGACGUCUAGAGGUACCAUCGUUACGGCCGGGUGAUACAUGUGAUGUUGUGGCCGACAUUUGUAGCCAUGAGCCGAUUGUGUGGCGUCUCUGCACUCCGUAUGGUGAAUAUUUUGGUGAUAGCCUGUGUCUGGUGGCACCGGGCGUUUUCAAUUCGCACGAGGAAUUAAAUCAACGUUUAGCUCAAUUAGCCGUUAGCGAACAAAAUCCCGCCCAAUGUCCUCAAGUUAAUAUUGUGAUAUCGGAGAGAAUGGAAUAG